AUGUUAUGGCAAUGGUUGCAUUCAUCAAAAAUGGAAACAAUAUCAAAACGUUAUGCGCAAGUUUUCAAAGAACGUUCAACACGUAAAGCAUUUGUGCUUGAUCCGGUUAAAAUGGCUGUAUCACCGGAUGGAAGAUUUGUCUUUACAAUUGGUAGCCGAAAAAUAAUGGUAAUAUCGGAACGUAAUCCAAUGGAAUGGUUGACAUCAUUUAAAAUUGAUGUUUUUAAUUUAAAUUUGGAAAAACGUCAAAGUUUAAAUUUGAAUGAUUUAUUUGAUUUUGGUGAUUAUCUUAUACAUACAUAUGCAAUUGAUAAUAAUACGUUAAUUGUUUUGGAUUAUAAUCAUCGUCAAACAACGCUGCGACAACGAAUUGUUAAAAUUACUCGGAACAUAGCGAUUUCACCAUUCCAUCGAUGCUAUCACUAUGGCACCUCACAAACAUCAUUCAUUAAAGCAGCAGUUGGUGACAAAUUAUGCGCUAUUGUUAGUAAACAACGUUUUGAAGGACAAUUUGUUGCAUUAAUUAUACCAAAAAAUCCAUUUGAAUUGGAUGAAUUCAAUCUACCAAUUAAUGUUUCUAUACAUGUUAAUAAUAUGAAUACUGCACUUCAUGCAACAUUAUCAUUAAAUAUUUGUCAUUAUAUAGCACCAUUUUUUUCACGUAAUGAUCAUGAAUUAUGCUUUUUAACUGUAAAUAGUUUGACUUUAAAUAUUGAACCAACAAAUGUUAGCUGUUUAAAUUUAAGUAAUUAUAAAUGGUAUUUACGUGAUACAAUCGUUGAUGAAAUUAGUGGCUUUCCAUGCGAUGAAUAUCAACAAACACCAAUUCUUGUUGAUUGUUUUAUUUGUCAAAAUGGCAAUCAACAGAUUGGUUUAAUUGCACGAUAUCGAACACCACCAAAUAAUUGGCGUUGGCAUAUUUGUUCCAUACUUCAAUGGAUGCAAAUGCGCUUUGUACGAUUAUUUUUUUUAAGUAUGGAUUUAGAAGUGGAAACAUUUGGAAGGAUAAUUUUAUAUUUUACAACAUUUCUUAGCUAUAUUAGAGAUCGUUUAGUAUUACGACCAUAUGCUAGAUUGGGAAUUUUAAAUUUAAAAUCUUGGAAAUGGAUUGAUUAUUCUCAUAUGUUGAAAGAUAUUCAUUAUGUUGAUCAAUUAACAGAUUUAGCAUCAGAAAGUGGACAAAUUAUUUCAUUCAUUUCACAGACAUGGGCUGAGAAUGAAUGCGAACAAAGUAUACGUCUCGGGAAAUCUCCUGUAUCUAUGAUGUCACUAUUUGCAAUUGCUGAUUUCGAGCUUCAACGUCAAAGAAUUCCCAACUUAUGCAAUCUUCGUCGCCAAUUCUUGAAACAUGUGAAAAUUACCUGA